AGCUGGAAGACGGAAAACACGGAGACAGACACAAGACACGGACAAGAGACGGGAAGAGACAGCCCCAAACAGAGCGUCUCACCUCGGCUGACCGUCCGCAGCCUCCUCCCAGGAGCUUUGACAUUAGCCGGAGACGAUAUGUGACCGGGCCGUUUUUUUUUUUUGGAGCUUUUUGUGUGUGUGUGUUGUUCUUCUUCUUCCACAGACCUUAUUUCACAACCGAGGGCAGUAACACAGCCGCAGUGAUCACAUCAUCCUGGGCCUUGUGGAUUGUCUCUCUGCCUUUAUCUGAAGGGAUUCCCUAUUGAUUACUGCGUCCGAACAAAGCCCAUGGAUUACAGUGAGGGUGUUGGAAAGGCCUUGAUUACAGCUCCGUUAACACUAUGACAUAUUUCAAGUCAAGAAAAGCUACAGCAGAAGACUGACAGGAGUUUGUUUUUGUCACAUUUCUCUUUCACAUUUCAGAUCUUUUUUUUCGGGACACCCAUCAUACAUUUAUUUCCUGCGCUUUGUGUAAUUUUGAGCAUGCAUUUUUGAUUCACUCAUUUGACCCAGAUCUCUGCAGCAAACGCCCCACUUUCUCUCACCAUGUACGGUAGUUCCCGUUCCGUCUCUAAGCUGGAUGUCGUUGGAUCCAACGGUAACGGGUCGGCGUCUGGGAGUCCCGGCCGCUCCCCACGCCUCCCGCGCUCCCCACGUUUAGGACACCGGCGAAACAGCAGCAGCAGCUCCACCGGUGGGCUCACUGGCACUGGGAAAACUUUAUCCAUGGAGAAUAUUCAGUCUCUGAAUGCUGCUUACGCAACUGGGGGCCCCAUGUACUUCACCGACACGGCUGACGACCCGGUCGGCAUCGGGAGUCUGGGCAGCGGGCUGAAUCCCUCACUGCCCAAAAGCACCAUGACCCUUGGCAGGGCCGGGGCCAGGGUCCCGUAUGGGGUCAGGGCGGCCGUCAUGGGGAGCAGUCCCAAUAUAAACACUGGAGGAGGAGGGGGAAGUGCAGUCGUGCCCAGUGACGCAAUAGCAUUUGGUGGGGAAAUGCAAAACCAGCCUCCACAGGCGGCCACUGUGCCCCACUCCAUGAGACAGGUGAGAGAUGGUGCAAUGUCAGACCUGCAGACACAGUUAAGAGAAGUGCUGAGAGAGAAUGAACUACUGCGCAGAGAACUGGAGGGCAAAGAGUCCAAGCUGAGCUCUUCUAUGAACUCCAUUAAGACAUUUUGGAGCCCAGAGCUGAAGAAAGAACGAGCGCUGAGGAAGGACGAAGCCACGAAGAUGACUGUGUGGAAGGAGCAGUACAGAGUGGUUCAGGAGGAAACACAGGUAGGCAAAUGAUGCGUGUUUCUGUGAUGCAAAAUCUUUUGACAGUGAAUUACUGUUUAUCUGGAAUGUCUUUGCUCGUCGCUCAGCCGAAAAACAAAUUAAGAGAUGUAGGGGAGCAGUAUGUCAAGUGUAAUAUCCUGCUCAGGCUCGCUUAAUUUCACCAUCGCUGCAGCUCAUCUAUUAUGUGGAUUUUCUUUAACCC